GCUCCACCAAUAAGGAAACCGUAAACUUGAUCCAGACUCUCAGCUCUUCCCUGUUUCUAUUUUGUGAAUAGUGUGACUUAUUCAGGUAGCAUUCACUUAAUUUUCCUAUCUGUAAAUCACGCAUCAAGAGCUUUAUGUACAUCGAACAGAAAUGAAGAGGCUGUAUCUUUUAGUUUUUUUCAAUGUUGUUGCGACCUUCGCCAGUACUGACAGUAAGUGAAACAUUGUAGCCGAAGUUAUUUCGUGAACUGCAUUUGUAUACAGAGACGACCAUGGAUUCACGUGCCUGCAAAAUAUACUGAACAAAAGUAUGAACGCAACAUGCAACUAUUUCAACGAUUGUACUGAGUUACAGUUCAUAUAAGGAAAUCAGUCAAUUGAAAUAAAUAAAUUAGGCCCUAAUCUAUGGAUUUCACAUGACUGGCCAGGGGCGCAUAGGCCCACCCACUUUGGAGCCAGGCCCAGCCAAUCAGAAUUAGUUUUUCCCCACAAAAGGCCUUUAUUACAGACAUAAAUACUCCUCAGUUUCAUCAGCUGUCCGGGUGGCUGGUCUCGCAGGUGAAGAAGCCAGAUAUGGAGGUCCUGGGCUGGCGUGGUUACACGUGGUCUGCAGUUGUGAGGCCGGUUAGACAUACUGCCACAUUCUCUACAACGACAUUGGAGGCAGCUUAUGGUAGAGAAAUGAACAUUUAUUCUCUGGCAACAGCUCUGGUGGACAUUCCUGUAGUCAGCAUGCCAAUUGCAUGCUCCCUCAAAACUUGAGACAUCUGUGGCAUUGUGACAAAACUGCACAUUUUAGAGUGGCUUUUUAUUGUCCCCAGCACAAGAUGCACCUGUGUAAUAAUCAUGCUGUUUAAUCAGCUUCUUGAUAUGCCACACCUGUCAGGUGGAUGGAUUAUCUUGGCAAAGGAGUAACGCUCACUAGCAGGGAUGUAAACAAAUUUGUGCACAACAUUUGAGAGAGAAACUUUUUGUGCGUAUGGAACAUUUCUGGGAUCUUUUAUUUCAGCUCAUAAAACAUGGGACCAACACUUUACAUGUUGCAUUUAUAUUUUUGUUCAGUGUAGUAUCCUUUUGCCAUUAGGUUAUUCUGAGGUUUUCUGUAGGCGUCUAUGCAGAUAUUUCUAUUAGAUUACCUUUUACAACAUGUACUGCAAGAGACUCUUUGACUGCCCGUUUUUAUUCUUAGCUAAGUCUAUGAGAAUUUCCCUUACACACACAAACACACACAGUAGGCUGACUGACAUCUCAGAUAGUGAAACUCAGUGAAACUUACAGGGUUGUACUGUGGUCGAGACAAUUUGUUCCAUUAAAUGCAGAAAUGAAUCAAUUUAAACCAAUGAUAAACCAGGGAAUUCCAAAGCUUAGUUGUGUUUUUCCCCCCAAUGAGUUUGUUUUUGUUCUGAUAUUUAUUAAUUUAAUGUUUUUUUAAACAUUUGGCUAUACUGCACUAAUGGAGCCAGAAACAUAAGCAUUUCGCUGCACCUGCCAUACCAUCUGCAAGUCUGUGUACACGACCAAUACAUUUUGAUUUGAUAAUGUCAAUAGAAACAAUAAGCACUGUAAUGUUUAUGUUGAAAGUUGACAUCUCUGUCAACUGCUUUACAGAGAUGAAAGCAGCCACUGUGUACUGGGAUGCUACACAUUAUAAAAAAUGUUUUUGUCAUUUAGCAGACGCUCUUAUCCAGAGCGACUUACAGGAGCAAUUAGGGUUAAGUGCCUUGCUCAAGGGCACAUCGACAGAUUUUUCACCUAGUCGGCUCAGGGAUUAGAACCAGCGACCUUUCGGUUACUGGCACAUUACUCCUACUGAAAGAAGGAGUAAUGGAAAAAGAGGGGGAUGCAUAUGGAUACCUCAAUGACAGCCUCUCUCAAAUGGGCUGGAGUGUACUGGAGAUCCGUGCAGGGUAUGGGGAGACCCUUGAGCAUGACGAGGUCACCUACUUCCUUGCAGGAUACCUAAAGGGCUUCCUCACUGCACCGUAAGUGCCUCGGACAUUGUUGCAUGUCAAUUCAAUUUCUGAUCGACAUUGUCAUGUUUAAUCUUAUUUUGUUCUCCAUCAGGCAAAUGAUUAGUCACUAUGCCAACAUGUAUCCCCAGCUGAUCAAGGACCCCAAAGUGUUAGGUCCGGUGGAGCACUUCAUGGCGUGAGUGUUUUUUCUCCUCAGGCAUGAUAGCCAAUAACCAUAGUGAAAAGCCAGGUCAGAUCCACAUCCUGUCCUUUGAGAGUUGUUAAAUGUGCUCUGCUCUGUGGCUCUAUCAGGAAGCAGGACUCCUGGACCAGGGAGCAGGUGAAACUGAACAGGAGCACUGAUCCUCUGUGGCACCACACCGGCUUCAUAGUGGCCCAGAUGGAUGGACUUCAGGCAGGGGUCGCACACUGGGCCAAAAAACAAGGGAAAGAGGUGUGCUGAUAUGUCUAGGCAUUGAUAAAUAGAUUCAUGGAUCAUCAUUCAGUGGCACAAUGUGAUCUCUAACCUCUUUCUGCAUGGUGUCUCCCCCACCUUAGCCUCUGUCCCUGUUUGCUGUCCAGUUCCUGAAUGCGGUGGGAGAUCUGCUGGACCUGAUUCCAGCCCUGGUUCCUGGCACUGAGCCUCCUCUCAGACAUUUUAAAUUACCGGGAAUGGGCCACUGCUCUGCCCUCAUUAAGGUUAGAGGUCAUUCUGCUCUUGCUGUUGAGAGAUUUCUUCUGGACAGAUCAUUAGUUAUAUCUAAUAGUGUGGAUCUGUUAGUUCUUGACUUACAUCAGUCUUGUGUAGAACUCAAUAUGGUUUUCCCUCUAUCCAUUACAAUCAAUGUUUCUAUAGUACUCAACACCAGACUCUCUCUCCCCCAUCUAGAUGCUCCCUGGGUUUGAGAACCUGCUGUUUGCCCACUCUAGCUGGUACACAUACGCUGCCACCAUGCGUAUCUACAAGCACUGGGACUUCUACCUCAGUGAACCCCACACUGCCACGGGCAAGCUGUCCUUCAGCAGCUACCCAGGUAGGUACAGCACCGUAUAAUGGCCACUGUGACAGUAUAAGCGCUACCUGUGGCUGAAGAGAUACUUCAAUAUUUUGGAAGCGCUAGGUGUAGCCACUCUACAUUUUCAUAUAAAUGUGUAUCUUUCGAGCCUGUAUGAAAACUGUCAAUGUUAUUAACAAGCUUCAGAAUUAAUCAGUACAGAAACACACACUGUGAGCCCCGCCCCCUCCCCCCAGGCUUCCUGGUGUCUCUGGAUGACUUCUACCUCCUGGGCAGUGGCCUGAUGAUGACCCAGACCACCAACAACGUCUUCAACACGUCCCUCUUCUCCCAGGUCACGCCCCACAGCCUGCUGGCCUGGCAGAGGGUGCCUCUGGCCCACGCCCUGUCACACACUGGGGAGCAGUGGGCCAAGACCUUCUCCAGAUACAACUCUGGUGAGGGAAGGAGGAUGACACAUUCAAUCUUAUCCUGAUUUAUCCAUUUUAGUCAUUUAGCAGACAUUUAUCCAGAGCGACUUACAGUUAGUGCAUACAUAAUUUUUUUCAUACUGGCCCCCCGUGGGAAUCGAACCCACAACCCUGCCGUUGCAAACGCCAUGCUCUACCAACUGAGCUACAUCCCUGCCGGCCAUUCCCUCCCCUACCCUGGACCAAUUGUGCGCCGCCCCAUGGGUCUCCUGGUCGCGGCCGGCUACGACAGAGCCUGGAUUCGAACCAGGAUGGCACAGCCUCAGACCACUGCGCGACUCGGGAGACUGAUAAUGGUCUACAGUUGUUGUACAUCUUUCCAAUGCAUUUUUUUCACAAAUUUCUUCACUCUCCCUCCCUCUCUAGGCACCUAUAACAACCAGUACAUGAUAGUGGACAUGAGAAAAGUGACCCUGGGCCACAGUAUAGAGGACGGGGCUCUGAUAGUGGUGGAGCAGAUUCCUGGCCUGGUGGAGUUCUCUGACCAAACUCAGGCCCUGCGCAGGGGUGAGUCACACGGAUAUGGAUAUAGUACUGCCAAUAGAUGCACAUCUUAACCAUAAACUUAGCAGAGAUAAAAUCCCUUGAGGAGAUAGUAAUUGAGCAAGAUCUUCCUCCCCCCCAGGUUACUGGCCCUCCUAUAAUGUGCCUUUCCACCCAAAGAUAUACACCCUGAGUGGCUAUGGGAAGAUGUGGGAGGAGUACGGGGAGGACUUCUCCUAUGACCUCUGCCCCCGAGCAAAGAUCUUUCGCCGGGACCAGGCUGAGGUUAAGGACCUAGACUCCCUCAAACACAUCAUGAGAUACAACGGUGCACCAUACGUUCCUUGCUGUUGUCCUUACCUGUGGCCAUUUGUUUUUACUUUUGUUAGCUUUUAGUUAGUUCCUUUAGUUAAUUUCCUCCCCAUGUUCUCUCAGCUCUCAAUUUGAGUAGCUGUUAAUUGUUCCUUUCUCUUUCAGACUACAAAAAUGACCCCUACUCCAAGGGUGACCCAUGCAAGUCCAUCUGUUGCCGUAAUGACCUGAGGGAGAAAGACUCCAGACCCGGAGGAUGCUAUGACACCAAGGCAGAACCUUUACUAGCGUUCAUUCAGUUCAAUCUCUAAAUAUUUUAAGAUAAUGUAAUAUAUAAACAUCUCUUCUCUCUCUCUCUGUCCCCUCUCUCUCUCUCUCUCUCUCUCUCUCUCUCCCUGUAGGUGACUGAUUUCCACAUGGCGCAGGAGUUCAGAGCGGAGGCGGUGAACGGGCCCACGACGCAGGGCGACCUCCCUCCCUUCUCCUGGGAGGACUUUAACAGUACGGUUCACCAGGGUCUGCCAGACCACUACGACUUCCCCUUCAUCAGCGUGCAGCCUGCACUCUUCAUGCCCUAAGAGAGGUGCCAUAGGGUAGGAGGGAAAAGGUUGGAAGAGUUGCCUAUGGGGUUAGGGUAAUGGAGGAGGGAGGUUAAUGCAGAUAGACUUUAACACCAUCAUCUUUAUUUAUAGUCCGAUAUAGUAACUCAGCCUCAGGGGGGAAUUACUGCAAUAAUGAUCAAGCUUCAAGGAAUUCUUAUUUUAUGUGUGUUUUGUCAAUAGCCUACCUGCUUUUUUCUUCAUGCACUCAGUUUACCUAUGUCUUGGACAUUGACUACGAGUUGCUGCUGUACUGCUGUCAUUUAGACAUAUUUUGAAACACUCUGAAUCAAUGUAGAAAAUGACUGAAGCCUAGUUUGUUCGGUGCCAUCUUUUAAAAUUCAGGUCAAUGACCUAAACCUAGAUUAAAAUUCAGUACCUUUUGUAUUAUAAUCAAAUCCUGACUGUGAAACUAAUUACAAUCAUGUUGUCAUAUGUUGAAUUCACUAAAUGAUAAUAUCAAUGCAAUUCCCAGGGUUUCAUGUUUGUUGCAUGGCCUGCUGCUACGGUGGGUGUUUCUAUUUUUAUACAUGGAAGAAUAUCUUUGAACUUAUUUUCAUGAAUGAUGUCUUGCAAAGCUGCACUUCAGAAAUGUAUAUAAUUAAAUAAAUUAGAACAGUGCCCCUAACUUUCAUAUCUUUAUUCACUUUUAUGUGCACCCUCAGAUGAACACAUCUUAUCCAGUCAAAUAUAAAUUUUUCUGGUUUAAGUUUGAUCUCUUUCUCUGUCUCUCUCUCUUUCUCUCUCUAUC